AUGCCUUUCGAAGGAUUCAGUUCGCUGAAGGAAAGACUUUUUAACACAGGAAAGGAAGAGGUGAAGAACACCGUUAGUGACUCGCUGGGAAAUCUAAGAAGGAAAAUUGAUGGCAUCAAUGUGGAGGAGGAUCACAUUGAGCUGACGGAAGAGGGGCGACCCGUGCAGGCAAGCACCCGCAAGCCAGCACCAUGCGACAGCUACUGCUGCGGGCUGCCCAAGCGCUACAUCAUUGCCAUAAUGAGUGGUCUGGGCUUUUGCAUCUCCUUUGGAAUUAGAUGCAACCUGGGCGUUGCCAUCGUGGAAAUGGUGAACAAUAACACUGUUUAUGUUAAUGGAAAACCAGAGCUGCAGAAAGCCCAAUUCAACUGGGAUCCAGAGACGGUGGGACUCAUUCAUGGCUCUUUUUUCUGGGGUUACAUUGUGACACAAAUUCCAGGAGGAUUCAUAUCAAACAAAUUGGCUGCUAGCAGAGUAUUUGGAGCAGCUAUCUUUCUAACAUCUACACUGAACAUGUUCAUCCCUUCUGCAGCAAGAGUGCAUUAUGGCUGUGUGAUGUUUGUAAGGAUUCUGCAAGGUCUGGUGGAGGGUGUCACCUACCCAGCCUGCCACGGGAUGUGGAGUAAGUGGGCUCCUCCGCUGGAGAGAAGCAGGUUGGCCACCACAUCGUUCUGUG